AUGGCUAUGACUUGUAUCAUAAUUGUUGCCCUUCUCAAUUUUCUCCCUCUUUCUCAUUGUUUAUACCAUAAGCAGCCUCCAUACACUCUAGGGGGUUUGUUGGCAGAAGAACAGGCAAGAUUGGGUUCAAUGCCACCGAGUUGUCACAACAAAUGCAACCGAUGCCACCCGUGCAUGGCGGUGCAAGUGCCACCACUGCCGAGUGGCAACCGAGUGCUGCCAAGUCAAACUGAAGCAACUCCAUCAUCAGAUGGGAACAAUAGGUACUCAAAUUACAAGCCACUUGGAUGGAAGUGCAGGUGUCAUGGACACUUUUACAACCCUUAA